CUCCAACUUGUCUAGAUGCGUAGACAUGAACAAACUUACCACGACGACGAGCAUGAAAACUCACGAUGCUCAUGUAAUAAUGCAAAGACUUCUACCAAUUGCACUAAAAGAGAUGCUCCCUGAACACGUAUGGUCCUGCAUUACUGAAAUCAGUUUGUUGUUUCAAUCGAUAUGUUCCAGCGUUUUGGAUGCGGCAUCCCUCCGGAGACUACAAGAGUCUGUUCCCAUUCUGAUGUGUAAUCUGGAAAAAAUAAUGCCACCAUCGUUUUUCGAUACAAUGGAACAUCUCAUUAUACAUCUUCCGUAUGAGGCUUUGACUGCUGGGCCCGUCUUCUAUCGGUGGAUGUACAGAUUUGAAAGGUUAGUCACAAUUUCAUUUAAAAAAAGAAUAUUUAUUUCACAAUAACUAUUAACAUGUGUAUUAUUGCAUUAUUGCAGAUUUCUAGGAGAGCUGAAAAAGAAAGUGACCAACAAGGCACACGUUGAGGCUUCAAUUUGUCAAGCGUAUCUUCAACAAGAAAUCUCAACGUUCUCGUCUUUUUACUUCGAGCGUGACGUCAUCACCAGAAGGAAGAGACCUGCCCGGAACGAUGACAUUGGCGAGGAUUUAUAUGAAAAUCUAGUUUCCAUCUUCAAUUACCCAGGCAGAGGUAAAGGUGCUGCGACACAACGAUACAUCCUGGGUGGGGAAUUGCAAAUUGCGCAUACUUAUAUCCUCAUGAAUUGUCCAGAAAUCUCACCGUUUUAUCAUGAAUUCCGAGCUUCUUUAUCAGCCUUUCCUGAUAAUGAAAUUGAUGCGUUGGUGGACUCUGAUUUUGUAAAUUGGUACAAGUAUCAGAUCAAUAGUCGUGGGAUUGUCGACCCUUUGUUAGUAUCAUUAGCGUGGGGUCCAGGUGCCAGUGCCAAAGUGUGGCGGCAAUAUGUGAUAAACGGUUACACAUAUCACACAGCCGAUUACGGAGAGGGCCGACCAACAACGAACAGCGGGUUAUGUGUCCCGACCAUCGGUUAUGAUAACUCGGAAACCAAAUUUUUUGGUGUCCUGCAGGAGAUUCUGGAACUUGAGAUGCCUUCUUGUGCGAAAAAAUUGACAUGCGUUCUGUUCCGUUGCACAUGGGUCGACCCCACACGUGGCGUGCGCAAAAAUCCGAAGUAUAAUAUGAUUGACGUCAACCUCUCUCGUGUGUACCCAAAAAAUGAGCCUUUCAUACUCGCCCAACAAGCAGCGCAGAUUUAUUAUGCAGAAUAUCCUUCAACAAGGCGGACACAGAAUCCUUGGGUGUGUGCAUGUCCUGUCCGUCCGAACAAAAUAAAAUCACAAACUCAACACAAGGACGUUGAUCUAGAUGCUUUUCAGCAACAAUUUUUCCAACCUCCGCCUAUUGUUGAGACGGUCAACUAUAACGUUCAAUUAAGUGAUCCAAAUGGCGGACGUGUUGAAGUCAUGCCAGAAACGCACCUUCCGGACCCAACCAUUCCAUCUGAGCGCGAAAUUGAGGAAAUGUAUGUAGCACAACAAAAUGCUCAA